GUCAUAAAAUAUUGUCCUUGCUCAUUGGGUUUGUAAUAUGGGUUGGGUCAGUGAAGUCCACACAGACAAUUCAGCAAUCUUAUGACUCCUGGGGAAGUAAACAAGGUUGGCAGGGAAAGUGUAGCCGGCACUGAGAAAACUGUCCUCGCUGCAGUCACACAUUCUUCUACUGAACAAUGGCAAAUACACAAAUUCCUGUUGUGACAGUCGGCCCGUUGGGAGACAGUCCGGUUCAGGUUGCCUGUCCUAAGUGCCAUCAGACGGUCCUCUCCAAGGUGGACUACUCCCCUGGUUUGCUCACCUACCUUUUCUGUGGAGGACUCUUCUUCUGUGGCUUUGUUUUAGGUUGCUGUCUCAUCCCGUUCUGUGUGGACCGGCUGAGAGACGCCAAGCACUCCUGUCCUACCUGCAAGACUGUACUCGGCGUGUAUAAACGCUUAUAACUGAUGUUACAGCUGCAACCAUUAGUCCACAAAAGAAAACUGACUGGCAGUUUGUUUCUUUAAUCUUAUAAUCCUUUUUUUAAUUUUUUUUUUAAGCAAAAAGGCCAAGAAGGUUAAUCAAUAAUGAAAAUAAUUAUUAGUUGCAGGCAGAGCUGGGACCAGGUCGUUGUAAGUCUCUAGUCAUAACAGGCUCCUCGCCAAAUGUAAUGUCAUUUUAACAACAGAGUAAUAAUAUAUUAAAUUAAUUAAAUGCUUUUCAGAAUUUGUAUCUAUUUGUUAAAGCAGGUGUGACUGAACUCAAUAAUUAAAAAAGGUUGUGCUGCUCUUUCAUAGCUUCUUAUAUCUUAUCUUAUAGCACGAUAACAGGAUUAAUUUAAUGUUUCUGCCCGUCUUCUUGUACUAAAGUCAAUAAAUAUUAAUAAACUAAA